AUGGUAACAUUGAAAGAGGCCAUAUCUAAUGUUUUCACAAAUUUAAAUAAUGACCAAAAGAGGGAAAUACUCAACGUAUUGAUCCACAUUCUUCAAAAAAUUAUUGAAAAUCCCUCGAGGGCAAAGUUUAGAUCCUUAAAAAAGGACAACAAAACGUUUAUUAAUAAGCUGCUGCAUUUCAAUGGAUCUGACGCUGUCCUGAGGUGCCUUGGGUUCGAGGAGGUAACGGCGGCCAAACUGUGA